AUGCACUAAUAAUCUGUUCCAAUUACAAGAUUAUAAAGAGAGUAUCGUUUAAAACCACUUGAAUUUUCAUCUCCUCAAAAAGAAAAUAUUUAAAGAAUAGUUUCUAGAUAUCCUGAAAGUGCUGAUUAUAACAGCAAUAGUGGUAAAUACUAGACUAAUCUAUCAUUGCCUGCACUACCUCCUUUAAAAAAGAUGAACAAAAUAGAGUAGACAAUUUCAAUCUAUAAGGGUAAGGCUAAUCGUUUGCCAUCUAUAUAAUUUACUUCAAGUGAGUAGUAAUUAUAAAGAAAAAAGUAAAUUUAAGAAAUCGAUGGAAUGAGAAAAUCAAUAACACCAGAGAAAAGAUUGGGAAAGAGAAAUUCCUUAUUGUUUGCCAUGAGAACUAAGGCUGGUUGUUAGCCAAAUAAGGCUACAAAAAUUAAUUAAGAUGCUGCAAUAGUAUGUCCAAAAAAUGUAGAAAGUGUUGGAUAUAAGUUGUUUGCAGUGUGUGAUGGCCAUGGAUUAAAUGGACAUAUGGUUUCAAAUUAAAUCAAAUAGCAAUUGCCUAAACAUUUGGGUAGAUUAUUAAAGGAUGCAGAGAACAUAGAGAAUCAAAUUCAAAAAGCAUUUACAAUAACUAAUAGAGAACUUUGGAACUCUGAAAUUGACACCAAUCUUUCAGGUUCAACUACAGUAUCAUUAUUGAUAACUAAGGACAUUAUUUACUCAGCAAAUGUAGGUGACUCAAGGGCAAUAAUGUGUAGAUUUGAUGACGGUUGGAAAGUAGUUCCUUUGAGCAGAGAUCAUAAACCAGAUGAUUCAGAAGAGAAAAAAAAAAUAUUGGAGGCAGGAGGAAGAGUAGAAUAAUAAAAAGGUUUAUUACUAAUUAAAUUAAUAGAUUUGUAUGGAAACCCAAUAGGACCAUUUCGAGUGUGGCUUUCGUAUAUUUAAGCUCCAGGAUUGGCAAUGAGUAGGUCACUUGGAGACAAAGUAGGGGCUUAAGCAGGAGUAACUGCAGAACCAGAAAUUAAACAGUAUACUAUAACUGGAUAGGAUCAUUUUAUUGUGGUGGCAUCGGAUGGGGUGUGGGAAUACUUAAGCAAUGAAGAGGUCAUGAGUAUUGUUAUUCCUUAUUUGGAAAAAGACAAUCCAGAAUAAGCAGCAGAACGUAUAAUAAUAGAAGCAACCUAAGCAUGGAGAAGAAAUAGUUUAGCUAGAGACGACAUUACUUGUAUAGUUAUAUUCUUAUAAAAGUGA